GGCUCUCAUGCUCUUUAUAUGUCAAUAGCGCUCGAUACUUGGCCGGCGUAUAUGGAAUUAUGUGUGAUUAUUGAAUUUUCAUGAGCAUUCUUCCUCCCUAUAUUCUUUUAGCAAUGAACGAAUGUGCCUCUGCAUUGGAUUGGUAUGGGAUUCCAUAUGAUGUGCUUGUACUAUAUCGGGGCGGAGAAAUACUGCGGCGGCGAGCUGCUUAUGUAAUUUGCAUGCAGGCGAAUCUCAACGACGAUGACCGAAUUGUCGCCAACAAGAACAACCGCCAGACAGAAAGAGCGAAAGAGAUAUUGUCUGUCAUCAGCUGGGCUGUCUGGCGUUGCUCUUUGCUUUGUAUUUCUGGAUUUCAUCCCUGAAAUCUCUCUUUAUUCCCGUACCUAGGUGUUCAGACGAGACUGAACUUUCUUCCCACAUCGCCUGUUCCGCGGGUAGAAGCUCUUACUUGUCACAAAUUCUGUAUACCCAGAACAGUAUUUGUCUAAGAAGAUGUCGGAUAACCUGUCGGAUGCGGACAAGGUCAGUUGUU